AUGAUGGACGCCAAGGCGCUCCUGGAUUCCCUCAUGGGCCCAUCGCGAGACAAGGACCUCAAGGAGCAGCGGCGCAGCGAUGGAUGGAAGGAGGAGAACGUCUGCAAGCGGUAUAUCAUUGGUUUCUGCCCCAACAAUCAAAACGAUUGCUGGUUCAACGCCAGGCGGAGAGAUCUCGGAUUGUGCACCAAGGUGCAUUCCGAGGCAUUGCGGAAGCAGUUCCAGGACCACCCGGAUAGGGAGAAGCAUCUCCCAGCCUAUGAAAAAGAAUUCCUCGCCUACCUGGAGUCUGUGAUCUCAGAGGCGGAUGCGAGCAUCGCGCGGGAGAAGAAGAAGGCUGCGCCCGCGGGCGUCGAAACCCGCAUCCCUGUUCACCUGAAGGGCACAGCGAAGGAGUUGAAGCAGCAGGCAGAGGAUUGCCUCAAGCUCGCAGAGGAGGCCGCCGAAAAGGGGGACGUCGAGGGGAGCAAGCGGCUCACUGCUCAGUCGGGCAAGCUGAAGGAGGACUUGGAGGACCUCAAGGCGAGGUACACCUACGAGUCGACGGGGGAGAACGUAUGCGAGGUGUGCGGGGUCCGCUGCCUGCCCGGGGAGCAGGCCGACUACGAGGCACACCUCGAGGGGAAGCUGCACCUGGGCUAUAAGAAGAUGCGCGACAAGGCGCAGGAGUUGCGGGAGAAGCGCCGGGCGAAGGAGACGGGCUCCAGGGAGGGCCCCAGGACCGGCGGGAGGAGGAGCGCGGCGCCGACCGCGAGAGGCGCCGCAGCAGGAGCCGGGACAGGGACCGCCAGGCCGAGCGCGACGCGGGCCGGGACCUCCGGGGGCCGGGACCGGCGGCGCAGCAAGAGCCGAGACCGCCGCGAGCGGGACAGGCGCGGGGAGCGCGGGCGGAAGCCCGAGGACGAGGAGGAGAACUAG